GCAAGAAUCCUGCAGUCUCCCCAGCUCCAGCUCCAGCUCCUCUCACAGAACCCGCAGCACCAUGAAGGUCCUGGCAGCCACCCUGGCCACUCUGCUCCUCCUGGCCACCUGCUUCUCAGCUGAGGGUCACUUCGAUGGUGUCCCCAGCACCUGCUGCUUCAGCUACCAGAAGCAGCCCAUCCCUCGGCGCCGCGUCAGCUCCGUCUUCGUCACCAGCAGCUCCUGCAUCCAGCCGGGCGUGAUUGUGGUCACCCACAAGAAGAAGCAGCUGUGUGCAGAUCCAAGGGCAGCAUGGGUGCAGGAGCUCCUGAAGCACUUCCAGAGCCAGGAAAACUGAGCCUUCCCUGCUGACAGCCACAAUGCCACCCCUGCACAGCUUCCAGCCUCGGGCACCACAGAGAGGAUUUGACCCCCAGCCUUCUUCAAUGGAGAAAAUUAUUUUAUUUAACUUAUUUAAGUUAAACUAAAUAUUGGGUUUUUUUCUAAACAUUAUUUUAAAAUAAUUUCUAAAAAUUAUUUAAACUAUGUCAGAAUAAUACACUAAAAUAA